AUGUCCAACCUUGAUAGCCAUAAUGGAUUGUAUAACCAGCUGAUACCCCAUCGACACCUGGUAUACCUUGAGGGCCUGGUAUACCUUGUGGACCUGGUAUUCCCUGAGGGCCAGGUAUUCCCUGAGGACCUGGUAUUCCCUGAGGGCCAGGUAUUCCCUGAGGACCUGGUGCACCUUGAGGGCCUGGUAUACCCUGCGGACCUCGUUGGCCCUGAGGACCUGGUAUACCUUGAGGACCUGGUAUACCUUGAGACCCUGGUAUACCUUGCGGACCUGGUAUUCCCUGCGGACCCGGUAUACCCUGAGGGCCAGGUAUUCCCUGCGGGCCUGGUAUACCUUGAGAGCCUGGUAUACCCUGAGGGCCUGGUAUACCUUGCGGACCCGAAGGGCCUGUUGUGCCUGCGGCUUCCUGACGAUCUGGUAUAUCUUGCGAACCCCAUGGGCCCUGCAGACUUGAAGGGUCUGUUGUGCCCGCGGCUCCCUGACGACCUGGUAUACCUUGCGGACCCCAUGGAGCCUGCGGACCCCAUAGACCCUGCGGACUUAAAGGGUCUAUGGUGCCUGCGACUUCCUGACGACCUGGUAUACCCUGACGACCUGGUAUACCCUGACGACCUGGUAUACCUUGACGAUCUGGUAUACCUUGACGAUCUGGUAUACCUUGACGAUCUGGUAUACCAUGCGGACUUGAAGGGCGUGUUGUGCCUGCGGCUCCUUUAG